AUGCAGAAGUUCCUGGGGCUGACGGUGACAGGGAAGCUGGACUCAGACACGCUGGAGGUGAUGCGCAAGCCCAGGUGCGGAGUCCCUGACAUCGGAGAAUUCAGGACCUUUCCCGGCAUGCCCAAGUGGAGGAAGACUCACCUCACCUACAGGAUUGUGAAUUACACACCGGAUUUGCCAAGAGAUGCUGUUGAUUCUGCCAUUGAGAAAGCUCUGAAAGUCUGGGAGGAGGUGACUCCACUGACAUUCUCCAGGAUCUAUGAAGGCGAGGCUGACAUAAUGAUCACUUUUGCAGUUAGAAAGCAGAGAGACUUUUACUCUUUUGAUGGACCUGGAAAGGUUUUGGCUCAUGCCUAUUUACCUGGGCCGGGGCUUAAUGGAGAUGCUCUCUUUGAUGAUGACAAACAAUGGACAAAGGAUGCAUCAGGGACCAACUUACUCCUCGUUGCUGCUCAUGAAGUUGGCCAUUCCCUGGGUCUCCAACACUCGGCCAACCCUGAAGCUUUGAUGUACUCAGUCUACAACUCACCCACAGACCUGGCCAGGUUCCGCCUUUCUCAAGAUGAUGUGACUGGCAUUCAGUCCCUGAAUGGACCUCCCCCGGCUUCCCCUGAUGACCCUGUGAAGCCCACAGAAUCCCCAAGUCCUCAGACACCGGCCAAGUGUGACCCCACUUUGUCCUUGGACGCUGUCACCACCCUGAGGGGAGAAAUCCUGUUCUUUAAAGACAGAUCCCCCUGGAACCUCCAACGUGAAUUUCAUUUGAUUUCUGCACUUUGGUCCUCUCCUCCAUCAGACUUGGAUGCUGCAUAUGAAGUUCCUAAGCAAAGACCACAAAUAGCCAAGAUAUUCCUGGAGAAGCAGAAGAUGAGUAGAAAUGCCCUGCUUUGUAAAGCCUUAAGAGGAAAGCAGUUCUGGGCCAUCAGAGGAAAUGAGGUGCAAGCAGGGUAUCCAAGAGGCAUCCACACCCUGAGUUUUUCUCCAGCCAUAAGGAAAAUGGAUGCAGCUGUUUCCGAUAAGGAAAAGAAAACAUACUUCUUUGUAGAGGACAAAUACUGA